GCUGCUAAAAUUUUCUUUAUUACACCAGAAGGGAGGAUAGAUAUUACCUCUGUAAGAUUCCAAUCAAACUGUUGGAUACAAUCAGCCACCUUGAUUGGGAUCAUGAGAAGUUACAGGCCCCUCUGAAUUCUGAAAUCAUUAAGAGGUCUAUUGAUCACCCAGUUCUCACCAAAAAUUUGUGUCUAACCCUUCUUUAGCCAUUGGAGUCCUUUCACUAGGCUUUUCCAUCCCCAAGAGUCAGUAGGCCCCACCCUUUUGCCACCCCUAUCUUGGGCCACUAACAUAUCGAGCCACCCCUCAGUUGGUAGGGCCGUCUUCGUUUGAACACUCGAAAGAAAGGAAAAACAGACGAACCCAGAUUUCCUACUCACAUUUUCUACCCGCCGUGAAUAGACCGAAGGGGAAUUUGUAUCGCCGUGAAUACUGAAUAGAUCUGUAGCAAGGAUUCGCUCUUGGUCUCUGACUCUGGUCGAAAAUGGGGCUCCUCAGUAUCAUCAGAAAGAUCAAGAGGAAGGAGAAAGAGAUGCGAAUUCUUAUGGUGGGCCUUGAUAAUUCCGGCAAGACCACAAUCGUUCUGAGAAUUAAUGGGGAGGACACAAGCGUUAUCAGCCCUACAUUGGGCUUCAAUAUCAAAACUAUCAAGUAUACUCUUAAUAUAUGGGAUGUUGGUGGCCAAAGAACAAUAAGGUCUUACUGGAGAAACUAUUUUGAACAAACUGAUGGUUUGGUAUGGGUUGUUGAUAGUUCAGAUGUCAGACGUUUGGAUGAUUGCAAAAUGGAGCUAGAUAAUCUUUUGAAGGAAGAGAGAUUAUCUGGAGCAUCCUUAUUGAUACUAGCAAAUAAGCAGGACAUACAAGGUGCUCUUACACCAAAUGAAAUAGCUAAAGUGCUCAACUUGGGCGCAAUGGACAAAACUCGGCACUGGAAAAUUGUGGGAUGUAGUGCAUACACUGGAGAGGGACUACUUGAGGGAUUCAAUUGGUUGGUUCAAGACAUUGCCUCUCGAAUCUAUGUCCUUGACUAAUUAUUGUUGCAGAGUUGGGGUGGGGGGAGGGGGCAUGGGGUUUUGGGGGAUGAACUAACCCUCCCGUUCUGUUCUUUGGCCCCUUCUACCUUUGCCGAGCUAGAGAAAAAAAGACUGAUUAUUGCUGAAACAAUUUGCAUAAAUAACUGGUUUUCAUGUUUUGUGUAAAAUUAUAUUUAAUUUGCAAGAUAACUCUCGCUAAGUCAUACAAAGAAAUUUAAACC